AUGAGUGGUAGCAAGUUGAGUGAGGCAAGGGAAGUUACCCAUGAGCUAGGUGACCGAAGACCGCUGUCGAGUGAAGGAGGGGAGAUGCAAGAAGCCAUUGACAUAGGAGAGGAGGUAGGCACAGAUGGAGCAAUCGGCGUCGAAGUUGGCACACAGGUAGGCGUCGACGAGGCAUUAGUUGGUGUUGGGCAUGGAGCUACACAGGUGCAGGAGGAAAGGACGUUGGGAGUUAGGCGCUACGAGGGGGCACCAGGAACUGGCGCUAGGAGCAAGACAUCUAUAAGGGGCACCAUGAGGCUAGGAACCAGGAGCAGGGGAGCUAGUACCCUGGAGCAG